ACUUCGGUCAGAACACCUUGGGACAGCGAUAAGGGUGGAGUGACAAAAGAUAUAGAUAAACCAUGACUAUACCGGAAGCUUUCAAGGAUCAGGAAAUCUUUCUGACCGGGGCCUCGGGGUUCGUGGGCAAGGCACUCUUGGAGAAGUUGCUUCGGUCAUGUCCCACACUGGGCAAGAUUUAUGUCCUGAUGCGUCCCAAAAAGGGACAAACUAUCGAGGAACGACUCCAACUUCAAUGGGAGUCAAAGCUGUACGAGAGGGUGCGCAGGGAGCAGCCCGAUUCCCUAUCCAAGGUGGUGGCCAUAGCCGGAGACGUGGAGCAGUUGGGCUUGGGCAUCAGUGAAGCAGAUCUAGAACGCUUGAAGAACGUAAACAUUGUGUAUCAUUCGGCAGCCAGUGUGCGUUUCGACGAUCCCCUACGGACUGCUAUAUUGAUGAAUACCCGGGGCACCCAUGAACUAAUCAAGCUGGCCUUGGGUUGGCGCAAACUCAAGACCUUUGUCCAUGUGUCCACUACGUAUGCAAAUCCCAGUGUUCUGGAGGUGGAGGAGCGUGUCUAUCCACCGCUGGCCGAUUGGAGGACAACCAUUAAACUGGCAGAGACCUACGAUGAGGAGACUUUGAACAUAUAUAAUCUCAAAUAUGGAAAUUUCCAACCCAAUACGUACACCUUUACCAAGAGCUUGGCCGAGCAGAUUUGCAACGAUUACCGGGAUCAGUUGCCCAUCUUUAUCUUUAGGCCUUCAAUUGUGGUAUCCACCAUUGAGGAGCCCAUGCCCGGUUGGGCGGAUAAUUUUAAUGGACCCACUGGCCUUCUAGUUGCCUGCGGCACUGGUAUUCUUCGUUCCCAAAACUGUGAUCCCAAUAUUGUGUACGAUUUUGUGCCAGUCGAUGUGGUAUCCCGUACACUUAUUACGGCUGCUUACAAAUUCAUUUCGGAGGCUAAGCUCCGGCAGGAGCGUAAGGCCAAAGGCGGGGAGAGUGAGAUAUAUGUUAUCAAUUGUGCCACGUCCAAUAUAUCGCCCAUAACCAUUGGCGAGGUGAUCGAAAUUGGCAAGACUUUCAUACGAAAGAAUCCCUUUGAGAAGACACUGUGGCUGCCAGGUGGAAGUAUGACCACAUGUCCGGUUUUGCAUUUUAUAAGGUUUUGUACUAUGCAUCUACUCAUGGCCGUUGUGGUGGACACUUUGCUGCGACUAUAUAACGAGAAGCCCUUCCUCAUGAAGCUACAGCGUCGCAUCUUUGCCGCCUUCAGUGCCCUGCAGAUUUUCGCCAUGACCGAGUGGAAAUUUCAGAAUAACAAUUUCCGGGCCCUGCAUGACUUAGUUCCGAAAAAUGAAGUGGUCACCUUUGGUUUCAUGCAGCAUGCAAACAUCAAUUCUGUGGACUUUUUCCAGCAUGGCAUCCGAGGCGCCAAGGAGUUUCUACUGCAUGAAAGUCCCGACAGUAGUAAAGCUGCCCGAUUCCGUAUGAAGAUCUUUCUGGUUUUGGACUUUUUGUGUCGCGGCAUUGUCUACAGCUUCCUGCUUCGUUUGAUAUUCAGAUUCCUUGUGAGCCUGUGGUAGACUCUAAAAUGAUUUAAAUUCCCUUCAAAUUCUGGUUUUGGAUUUAUUUUAAUG